UAGUGUUGCUACUCACGGUAAUCAUGGCGUCUUCAGAGGUUUACGAAGUUGUAUUAAGCGGCGGAGCUCCUUGGGGCUUUAGAUUGCAAGGUGGCAGGGAGUUCAGAGCACCUUUAAGAAUUGCAAAGGUUGGUUGUCAUGAAAUGACCAUGAAAUUUAAAUGUCAUGUCCGUAAGAGAGCAAAUGCCUCGGAGGCUGAAAUGCUCCGUGACAGCAAAACAAACUGGGAACCCGCUAACUCUCUGUUCACUCUACACAGUACUAUAUUUUCGCGAUUGCUCUUCCAAACUGCAAUAAUAUAUUUUCUUUUAAGUCUUCACUAAACCGUUAAAUUGAUUUUACAGAUUUAAUCUCGUUCGAGUCUCGCUGCAUUGAAAUCUCACGAACAGUAUAAACUAACGCCAAUUUCUGAAUUUUAAAAUUUUGUAGGAACGAUAUUUGAUAGGUCGCCGAUAAGACUUCAGUGACCGGUUGUAAGGAUUUGUAUCUACUUCAACAAAUUUAUUUCUACCACUCUGUUUCCUAAUGAAUUAAUUUUUAUCUAGGAAUUAGUAGUUUCUUUCCUUUGUUGUCUAUAUUUAUUAGGUUAGUUAGUUUUCCCAAGUUUUUAUUUCAAUAUAAUUCGUUCGAAUGUUAAGCGCACGGUUCGUUACGAACCUCUGCCAAGUUAUUGAAGCGACGAAGUGUUUUAAGCUGAAUAUAGGAAUAAUACUGUGGAACUCAAUUCUAACAGAACCUUAUUCACUUUCCUUUGAAUUGCAGAAAUCUCCUGCCACGUUGUAAUUUUUUCUUUUGCGGCAGAACGAUUUUCGUGUUGGUUUCAUGAAAUUAACACUUGUGGUUAAAUAGAAUUUGGUGAUCCGUAAAUUAUAUUAAUAAUAUCAAUUACUCGGUACAGGUAUUUUCUUCAGUAUAUCAUACUUACUGUAAAACUGGAUUGGGAAAAGUGGCAUUCUUCAGUAGAAUAUGCGCGCUUGAUUAUUUGUAAAUCUUGAUACAUACUCUGUUUUAAUUUUAUGAAUUAAUGAUGUCUUGUAAACGAACGGGCCCCUACUAAAUUUUGUUGGAUAGAGGUUCUUAGCUUAUAUAUUUUAAUGCGAUUUGUUGUUGAAUGAAGUACUGAUUCAGCUGAUAAAAUUCCAGAUGAAUGCCAAAUUAUUUUGUCAUGGCAAAUGUAUAAAAAUUCAGACAAAAAUUCAUUUUUCGGCUAGAAGUGUAAAAAUAAUAAUCAAUUCUCAUGUAGACUAUCAAAAGUUUUUUGAUUGUGACAGUUAUGCCUGUUGUUCUCUGGAUUUUAGCCACUUAAACUUAGUUGUGUCGUUGCCAAAAUUAGACUAGAUCCAGUUUUAUUUUGAAGUGUUUGCUCUCCUUUUACCAGCAUUUGUAUCUUUUGAACUAUAAUGUACGUAUAAAAUUGUGUUUCAAAUUUUCAUAGAUAAGUAGAUCAAGCAUGGCAGAUUAAAGUUACAAGACUUAGCUACGAAAAAAUUCCACUUCCUGUGCAUGAAUUAUCAUGCGAAGCAAAUAAAAUAUUUAUAUUUAUAAUUUUUUGUCAAAAUCUGACAUAAUUCCUUUAUUUUCACUACAGUACUUGAUUACAAGUACAGAGUGAAUUUUUCUGUCUCCAUGAAAAAAUGUGCCUGUCCAGUGCUUCUUUAUAACCCCAUAUUUUGUCUGGUUUGUGGUACAUUACUGUCUGCACAAUUGUUUAUCCAGUAGUCUCAUCUGGGAAAGUUUAUUGGUAUGGGGGUUAAUUUGUUUUAGCUUUAAAAUUUCAAACUAUUUUUAUUUUUAACAAACUGAUGUCUUUUAUUUUUCGUUUUAUUGUUUCAAUAAAACGUAUUUGAAAUGAUAUUUCAACCAACUGCAAAACUGAAACCACAAAGUAUCUUUAAAAUUGGGUCCAUGCUGGCCAGCUACUAUAAUGAUGUCUCUAAUAAGCCCCAUUAGGUGCCCCCUUUUGAACAUGUAUCAUGUCUUCUCCACCCCCCCACCCCCAGAUAGUCAAUUAAUGGAAACAGAAUGCUUUUAAUGAUAAGCUGCAGACUGCACAAACUUAAAGGUCUGGUGUAAGAUACUGCUGGCUGAAUAUCAGUUGUAGUUCAAUUUUAUCCUUUUUUGAAAUUUUAUUUUCCUUUUUCUUUGGGUAAGGUUUUGUAUGAUAGUUAUUUUGUAAAAGAAAAAAAGAAAUAAACCAAGGAUAAAAUUUGAAAAAAUAGUAUUAAUUGCAAUAGGUUUUCUUUCUUGUUUUGAAUAUCACACCAUGUCCUACUGGAAAAUGUACAAAUGUAAGUGGACCCAGAGAUGUAAUUUGAGAAAUGACUAGUAUCUUUGCUACAUAUAUGUAUAUAUCACUAAUUAUUUUGUUAAAUUGUCAUUUUAGGUAACACCAAAUAGCAAAGCUGAAAUGGCAGGAAUUGCUGAGGGAUUGUUGGUCAAAUCCAUCAACAACGCAGACUGUGAAGAUUGGACACACAGUGAUGCUCUUAAUAGUAUUAAAAAGACAGGAUCCAAGCUAAAAAUGAUUCUUUGUAGGUGAGUUAAAAAAAUGGACUUAUUAUAUAUUAUUAUAUAUUCCUAUAAUUUUGUUAGUUUUUUUAUUCAACAGCAUGGGGUGGCUGGGGGCUAUGUUACAGACUGUUGUAUAUUUUGGUCAAUUUUGCUGUUAUUGUGACCUGAUUUGCCUCAUAGCCUUUUAUCCACUUCAGGUAUAAGUAAUCACACAUAACACUUUUAAUCCAUCAAAGCUCUUAACCAGAUUUUGAAAAAAAUGAAAAGUUCAACGACUUGCUUUAGCUACUGUGAAAAUACUUUAUACUGAGGAAUUGCACAUUCUUAAUUCAAUUUGCCACCAUUACAAUUUGUAAAGCUCUCCUAAAACACAGUGAAGGCAGACAAAAGUGUGUUAAAUUCUUCUUCAAUUUUUAACAUUUUGCUCCAUAAUCUCCAAAGAAUGAAAAGGUUAUUUUUUUGUUACGCAAGUGCAAAGUGUCCUAAUGACCCUGUCUUUCAUUGGAUAUGUUAAUUGAUUAUUAAUUGCUCUCUUACCUUUUAUGGCAUGUGGUUCAUUUAGUUUGUUAUUGAGAGAGAAAAAGGGAUUAAAUUACAAGCUGGGUUGAACUAUGCUGUGCAAAUGCUACAAGUAGCUAUCUGUCCAUGUUUGUUAAGUGAAUCUUUAACCAGAAAGAAACUGUUUGUGAAAGAUCAUGGCUAGUGGAAGAAGAUUUGUUUCCAAAGCAACCUUUAGUUUUAAAAGGUAUACUAAUAAUAUACCAAUAAUUAAUUUUUAUGGUUGAAUAAUAAUCAUUUUGAUUUGUCAAUGUGUAGCUUGUGUUUAUCCUUUCUCCUUUACCAGUAGAAAUCUCACUCUUUCAUUAACUUUUGUCUUCUAUGAUCCCAGUAUUAUUGAAGAGUGACUGUUUGGCAAUAAUUGCUACAUUUAUUGUACAAGACAUUCAUCUUACAUGUUCAUCUUUUUUGCUUGCAUUGAAAGAGGAUCAUUAUGUUUAGAGAUACAUCAUAAUACUGCAGUUGUCCCUUUAUAACGUCUUGCGUGGUUUUCGUUAUUUGUGUGCUAUAGAAGGGAACAUUUUCUGUUAUAGACUAGGGGAUUUUGAUUUAUUUACACCCAAAGCUGACUAUUUUGAAAGUGAAUUUUCAUGCUAAUUUGCAUUCAUUAUUUUUAUAGUCUGUUAAUACUUUACUGAAUGUGUCUGUUUCAAGAUUAAAUCAGGAAAUGAACUGCUUGCAUAGAUACAAUAGAUCAGAUACCAAAUGAAAUGGUACUUUUUUCUUUUAUUUUUUAAAUAUAUUGUAUUGACUGUUUUUUCUGUGUGUAUAUUAAUAAAUAGCUAGAUGCUGACCAAAGAAUUAUUGUUCAAUCAAUUUUGGAGUUCAAUGUAGGGAAAUUUAUUUUUACCACUUAAAUCAUUGGAGAAUAUCUAGUCUUUUCUGAUUAUUAAAAAACAUAUCUGUAGAAUUUGUUUUGUAGACUUAGUGGGAUAAGGAGCUUUUUAUUUCCUUCAGCCCCAUCUUGGUCAUGCUUAAAAUGUUAAUUUGUAAAUACAUACCAACUGUUGUUUGUGUAUAUUAUAGUAAUAAUAUUGUAAUAAUGAAAAAAUUACAUGCUCAAUGCCAAAGUUUGCAGGUGUUUGUAUGGAUUUGAUCCCAAUGUCUUGUCCAUUAUAAAUGUUAUAUUUCUGCAAUAUUAUUGAGUUUUGCCAUGUAUCACCUUCAAGUUCUAUGUUUUGUCAAUUAAUAUGUUGAAUACAUACACAGUAAAAAUGUUGUAAUAAGGUUAUCACUUUUAGCUUUAACACAAGUGCUAGUUGAGACAUGUUAUUGCGUAGAACUCUUCUGUUUUUUUCCACCUGUUCUUCUCUAAUUAGAUAAACAAAAAGACAUUGAUGAGUGUAUAUCAAACAGAGUACCUUUACAGACUCUCCCUGACACAUCUCCAUCAGAUGCAUGUAGUGUUUAUCAUAUCUUAUUGACCUAAUUCUCGCAAUUUGUCUAGUUUGCAAUAAGAACCCACCUUGAAGGUGUUAUGUAGCCGCUAGUGAUAUGCAUGUUUGGCUUCAGAAUUCAUGUUUGAAUUUUUGCAUUGGGUGUAUCACAUAUUUCGGCCAUCAAUUUAUUAAUUUUAACCAUACAUGACCUGUAUACAAUGUAGGUCAAGUGAAGGGCAAUGAAAAGAGAAAAAUAAGAUAUGCAGCAUGUAUCUUAAAGAUUCUGAUUGCCUGCUGAAAUAACAUGUUCAUUGAGGUACCAGCAGCACAACAUGGUUGUGAUUUUCUCUUGCAAGUUUUCACUUUGAUAUCUGAGUUAUUUCUCUUUGUUAUGUUCUCCUAAAUUUUUUAGAAGGCCUGUUUCCACGCCAGAUUUUGUUUCAAGCGAUGGCAGUUUUUUUACACAAUCUUCAUCAUAUACAACAGAUGACUUAAGAAAUGGAUCUGCAUCUACACAUGUUUCCAAAGCUACAUUCAAACCAUCCUCUUCAAAUGACACAUUAUCAUAUGUUACAAUGCCAAGAGGCCAGGAGAAAAGAGAUGUGGAUGCUAACAGAUGGAGAAACAUUGAAGAAAAUAACAAUAAUGCUUUCAAUUCUAGAAAAGGUUUGUAUAUUUUGAUAAAUACAGUUACCACCAAAUUAGCAAUCUUAAGUGUUUAAUGCCCCUACAUUCAUUUUAUUUUUUUUGAUGCAUUCUAGUCAGUCUUAAGUUAUAAAUUAUUUAUGUCCUUUUCUCCUCUAAACACGCAGACUUUAUUUACCCACUAUUCCCCUGUUGUGUAUCAUUGAUUGUGCUCUACUUUCCUAUUAUUGCAGUUUUUUGUUCUAGGUUUUCUGGUAACUUUUAAAAUUUAAUAAUCUAAUUAAUUCUCUUUACUCAACCUGCCUCGAUUAGCGGCUUUGCUAAUUGAGGGUUGUGUACAAAUUUGUUGAAUUUGUAGCUAAGAUUUAGAAAUGGAUAAAGUACAGUAAGUAAGUAAAUAUUUUUUAAUCUGCCACAGGCAUGACUUCAUAUAUAAUUUCUGUGAGCAUUUUGAAGCUGUGUGGAAUGAAAAAUCAAACAGCAGACUUGCUUUUCAGCCCACACGAGGUCCCACAUAUCAACAGUUGAUGGGAUAAAUGAAUAUUCAGGGUUCAGAAAACUUUUAGAAAUUUUCAAUGUGGUGGCUAAACCUAUGGUCAUGGAAGAGGUCAUGGAAAGUCACUGAAUUUGAAGAACUGAAAAGAGUACGAACCCUGAAUUGUUUCCAACACAAGGGAUACCAUGUUCAGUGGGAUGAAGUUAAAGCUGACAAUCUUUUAUUUUGUUUUGCUGAACAUCCUUGGAGCAGAAACAUCACUCUUGCUAUUUUCACCUCUCAGGAAGUUGGCAAAGGGCGAAUUUUUUUUUUUAUAAACUUUGCAAUAUUAGUGGCCACAAUAUAGUCCUGCUCUCUGCACUCAUCACUUAGCAUUUUUCUCCUGACAUGUGGUCUUUCGUUGUACUUUAAGGCAUGAUUUUUUUAGUCACCUGUAGCCACCCUAUUUUACUUUGAAGUAUUAUUGAAGUAUUAUGGUUCAUGUUCAUGGUUUUGCUUUGGAUAUGCUUGUAAUCAAGCAAAAGAAAUUUCUUCAUUACUUGUGUCCAUUCCCAGUCACAAAUCAUCUCUGUGCUCUGUAAUUUUUUUAGAUGAUCUAUCUAACUCCAAUGAAUGGAAUCCUGAUAUUAUAUCAGGGGUGGUUAGGCCUCCAGAGCAAAUCAAAUUAGUGCAUGGCAUGGAAGCUCUCAGAUCUGUAUCAAGUUCUUCAUCGACGUCAGGUAUAUUCUAAGUUUUUGCUUCCAUAAGUUAAAGAUUGGUGUUAAAGGUAUGACAUGCACGUGUACGUAGAUCAUUUUUCAAGUUUGUAGAGUGGUGGUUCAAUUCCAAAAGUAUGUAAUAUCAUCUUAGCAUGGUUACAUUCACUCAGAGCAUGUGUUGUAUAUCAUAAGGAUUUAACAUAAAUUAUCACAUUAUUAUUAUAAUGUAGUCAAAAAACCUUGAACUUCACUUUCAUCAAUAUUUGCAGUAAAAAAAAACGCAAAAGACUAAUCUGUAACAUUGGCUCAUCUAGAUAAGUCAGUCAGUCAUUUUUUGCAAUAUUAAGCCAAAAAUGUGUUUGCCUACCUGUAGAGCCUAUAUCUCAAGUGAGGGCACCUGCAGAUACAAGGGGAUUUGUUGAUAAACCCCGCCCUAUUGGACGUGGUGGAAGAAGGUAACCAACUCUUUCUUUACCUUACUGUACAUUUAUUAAAGGCAAAAAAACUGUACAAAGUAUGUGGCAUUGAACAUUGGCAAGUCUAGCAUUAUAUGUGACCCUACCCUACACUCUGGGUGUCACUCCCGGUGUAAACCAGUAAAACUCAUUUUGCAAAUGUUUGUUGAAUUGUACUUGGCACUUUUUGAGUCAAUACUCCUACUUGUUUUUUUUAGUAAAUUGCCAUAGUUGCCCAAACCACUAUUCUUGCCUGUGUUUAAUACUGACUCACUGACUAAAGAAAAUAAUAUCUUAUUAUAUAUUCACCAGGCUUUAUAAAUUCAAAUCACAUUCACUGGGCUCAAAGUUUAAAUUUGAGUUUGGGAGUACUUGUGCUACCAGAUGUAAAUUUUUAGGCGUACUGCCGAAAUUUUAGGCGCACAGCUGAAAAUUUUUAGGAGCACAGCUUAUAAUGUUGGGAGCAUCUAUUUCAAAAGAAAAAGUAAAAAGCUUCACAGUGCCACGUUUAUUUGUCAUCUUCAGUUUGUUACUUUUACUUCAGUCCUGUGAUUGAUAAAACACAGCCGAUUUGCUAGUGUCUAAAAGGUCAUAGAUUGGGGCCUAGUGAAAGUUUCAAGUUGCCUGUGGGGGUAAGCAACUGAAGAUACACCAUACUCAAAUUCUAAAUUCUUCUGCUACUGAAAUGUAAACAAUAGGAUAACAAUAAUUAUGUGCCAGCAGCCUUUUUAUAAAUCCUAACAAAGCAAAAUGGUUGCAAUAAUUAAUAACAUUAUAUUUAAUGCCCAAGCUGCCUUUUAAUGUUUCAGUGAUAGUUUUCUGGAAAAUCUAUUUAAAAUAAUUUUAAGUCAGUGAAUUUUGUCUUAAUUCAUUUUUUUUAACAUUAAAAUAAAAAUAUGUUAAGUGAUGGAAACAUGUUCCUUACUUUUUAAGGAUCAUCAUAUUCAUGUCAUGUUCUGAUUUAUAAUCUCAUAGAUUUGAUGACACAAGUUUUCAAACACCUGGAACUAAUCUACAGUUAGUAUUUGUCUGAUAACUUACCAUUUUGAUUUUAAUGUAACACUGCAACUCACUCUACUGUACAUGUACUGUAGUAUUUUUUUUAAUCAUAUUAUUUGAACCUCAGAUCAUCUCUCCUCUGAGAUACAAUUAUGUACAUGUACUUACCAUCCCUAACUACUAAUAACCUGUUCUUAUUCUUUGUUGUCAUUGGUCAUACUCUACAAAUCUCUUUUAUAAGUUACCACAGUUCAUGUACUUACUUGUCAUUCCUGAGUUCAGCCUUAUAUUUGGCAUCAUAACUCAUACUAUAGUUCUCUUUAGUGCUUGGAAAGUUCUCUAUACAGGGAUCUUUAAAAAAAAUUAACUCAAGGUCAGAAGUACUUUUCAAAGGUGUUAUUUCAUUAAAUUUUGUUAAUUUACUGGAGUAACAGUGGCCAAACACAUUGAUGACCUUUCCAUUAUUAAACAUGGACCUGAAGUACUUAAUAUUUCUUUUCAAGUAAGAAAAAAAACUGAUAAACUAAAUAAAUCAAUUGAAAAACAACAGGCCUUUUGCAUUAGUUGAUCACAUAAAUUAUCAACUUUCAGUAAACACAAAAACAGUUUACUUUUGAAAAAUUUUGUUAGCACAAGAUGAAAGAGCAAUUAUUAAAAUUAGGUAACCUGUGAUUUUUCAAGCGGUAUAUCUCAAAAGAAACAAUUGCAACUGAUGCUGAAAAUUAGAAGGAUCUGUAUGAGAAAAAUAACUCUUGCCACCCAGUCACGCUUGAGUGGUUUUCCAUACAACUCCUUGUAAAUUCUGAAAUGUUUAUGAAUUAAAAAGGAGAUUUGAGCCCUGUAAUCUUAAGGGAAUAUUUCACAACAGUUUGAAAAUUUUUAAAUUUACAAGGAUUUGCAUGGCAAACCACCCAAGUGUGAUUGGGUGGCAAAAGUUGUUUUUCUCAUGCAAAUCCCGUAAAUUUUUGGCGGCCAUUGCAAUUGCUACUUUUGAGAUAUACAGCUGAAAAUUUGCAGGUUACCUAAUUUUAACAUGAUUUUUCAGCUCCUGCUAACAAAAUUUUUCAAAAGCAAACUGUUUUCGUGUUUACCGAAAGUUGAUCACAUGAUCAACUUAUGCGAAAGGCUUAUUAAUAAAUAACUAUUUGAAUAUAGUUUCAGGCAAACAGUUAACUCACUCUGAAAAGGUGUAAACAUUGAAGAGAAUAAUUUUUUCAUGUUUGUCUGUAAUGGUUACUAUAAAAUUUGAAUAUACACUGUAACUGUGCGCUUUCUCAGAUGCCCUUUCAUUAAAUAUGUGACAGAGGUCUCCAUAUACUGUAAAAUUAUUUUUAAGAGUAUGCAACUUAUUACUUUAAAAAUAUAUUUUUUAAAAUUUAAUUUUGCAUUCUUUUUAUAUGGGAUAUAUGGGUCACAUACAAGUGGACUUGUUAUGUAGUGACAUUUUAUUUCAAGGAGGAAACCCCUGAAAGGGAAAUGUCUCUCACUCUAUGGCUGACAAAUCUUGGGUGGCUAUUGAUUGUAUGGUGGUUUUUGCUUAAUCCAAUGUCACUUUUUAGUUGGCCAAUACUAAAAACUAUUAUUUUCUCAAGAUGCUUACUGAAAAGAGAGUACCAUAUUUAUUUGAAUAAGCUCCCAACCUCAAAUUAGCGCCCACCUCGAAUAAGCGCCCAUCCUAAAGGCAGAAAAAGUUAAUAAGCGUCCACCCCCUCCUCCUCUCACUCAAACUCAAAUAAGCGCCCACCCUCACUCCACCCCCUUCCCGCUCCCACCCCCCAAAAAAUUGAAUAACUACUAAUAAGAGACUUCUUAAAGACGGAGUUUUCUUCUGAUGUGACAGAAACCUUGCUUUGUUACGUCUUUGCAUUUUGUUAUUACCAUUUAUUGUUUUGCGGCAAAAUAAACAUACUACACUUGCUGAAAUUUUAAUAAGUGCCCAGCCUCGAAUAAGCACCCACCUCGCGUAAACGCCUACCCUCAAGGUCCAAGAAUUUAAUAAGCGCCUUACGCCGUUAAUCAAAUAAAUACGGUAACUAGUUGAAUAAUCUAGUUUUUUUAGUUUUUUUGCUCUGUAAAACUUGUUGAAAGAUGUAGCUUGCAAAUGGAACCACUACUCUUUGCUUCCCAUGAUUGGGAAAAUUUUGCAAGACAGACAAGUUUUGGUCUCCAAAAUUCCAUACUGAUGACCUAAAUCGAUCUGUCCGAAAUAUGGUCAGGAGUCUUGACGCUAUAACACAGACAUCUCUCUUGCAAAACAUUCCAUUCUCUUACUUAUUCAAGGUUGACAUCUGGUUCCAUUGGUUCUGAGGAAGACUUUAACAUGGCAAAUGGUGAUGCAAGUAGCUCAGACUCUGCACCAUCCACAACUAACAGACCUGCUUUGCAGCAGUUUAAAAAACAAAAGGAACAGGCUGCAAUUGAAGGUAACUAAUUAAUGGAAUUUACUGAAAGUCACUGCCAAGCAUCUUUUAAGUUAGUUAAUAUCUUUGCAACUGACCAUAAGAUCUAAGAGUUAAACCAGAUUUGGAAAGAAUGAAACACAAAUACAUGUUCUGGAUGUCACAUCUUCCAGGCUUCAAUAUCCCUUCACUACAGGCCCAAAGUUUUCAAUAAGAGCCAGUAGCUGGCAAAAUUUGCUGGCUAUUUCACAUGAACUCGCUGCCUACUUUUCCACCCCAGUUUAAAUAGAGUAUUCACAUGCUAUUACUGAAUAAAAAAAGCCAAAAUUUAAAGAUGUCUGUGUUUGUUCAAACACUCUAAUUUUUGCUCCAGAACGCUGGAAAUGCAUUCUAAGAGGCUCAGCUAGAUUUCAAAUUUUUCCAGAAACUCGCGCCUUUGGUGCUCUCAACUGGUUUUUUUACUGCGAGUUUUUUCCUUCCCCGCUUACUGCAAAGUUUUUGCCACCUACUUAAAAUCUUAUUGAAAACCCUGCUGGCCUUCCAGUUCUGUCCUGUCAACUCUCCUGGAUAAUCCGGGAGACUCCAGAUUUUGGACUGUAUCUCCCAGUCUCCAGAUUAGAAUCUGAAAUAAAUUUCCCGGAUAGUGGCCGAAGUUUGGUAUUUCUUGUAGACUUGAGUUUCCAACAAUGAAAAUUCAAAUAAUUUGUGAUGUUUGAGGUAUUUUACUGUUCACAUCGAACAUUUCCUCAUAAACUCUGGUAUGCCAUUGUAAUAUAAGCAAUAAUGUGAUUGGUGGGAAGUAAACCAAUCAGGUCAAAUGUUACAAUGCCAACAACAUCUUUUCCGCACAUUUUGUGUCAUUGCAAAUAUUCGUGACAAUUAGAGUCAACAAGUAUUUUUUGCACAAAUGAUGUCAUGUGCCAUGUGGUAUGUACCAUGUGGUAUCAUCCCUUCCCUAUCAAUUCUCAAUAUUUGAAGACAUAGGGGGUUGACAGCCCUACCUUCAUUGUUCAUUGGGAAAAUCUCAGAUUAUGUAUUUGUAAUAUUGAUGAUAUAAUAUUAUUAUUGUUAUUAUUAUUAUUAUAUUUUUAUUUUUUAUUAUGAAUAUGGAAUAUUUUGUAUACCAUUUUAUUUAACAAUUAGUUCAUGCAUCAGCGUGCGUAUGUCUUGAUACUGAGCACGCGGGAAGUGUGGAGAGCACGAAAGAGGAGUAAGAGUAGCUCGAGGCACAGCCGAGAGCAACUCUAGCCUUUUGAGUGCUCUCCAAACUUCCCAAGUACUCAAUAUCUUGACAUACGCACUGCUGAAGCAUGAGGUAAUUGUUUUAUAACAUUAUCAAAGUGAUCAAUACAGCAGUUAACUUAAAAUUUUAUUAUUGUAGGGCACGCUCAAAGCAGUACGUGUCAAUGUUUACGUGACUAUAUUUUUUUCCUCUUAUAAAACACAUGGUAAACGCUUCAUUGUGUACUGCUGAGUUAUGGAUGCACUCAGGAGACUCAGGAUUGCUAAGCUCACAACAACUCCAGGAAUUAUGAAUAGUUUAUUGACGUCAUCAGCGUGCUCAAUAGGAAUAUGAAGCACGCUCGUGCUAUUGAAUUUGAUUAGGCAAAUUUUCUAGCUAUGUUAUAAUCAUUGUUGAUAGACAAGUACUGUUCUGAUCAGCUUCAAUGAAUGCUCAGCCCUAACUGUGAACUGGGCAUCAACUUAUGGUAUAUUAUAUCUGAAUAGAAGUCAUGUAGUCAUACAAAACCAGCCACAAGGUGUCCAUUUUGUAACAUUUUAUUAUCUGAUAAAACAAUGGUAAGUUUAUAAUGAAUCAAAAAGUAUUAUAUUAUUAAAAAUAAAGAUAGAAACUAUCAUGUUUUUUUUUAGCUUCAAAGGAACCAAAACCAAUCAGAACAGUGCUACCUCCUGCUCAAAACAAACCCAGAAAAUACAGCGAGGAGCCCAGGACUUCAGAACCAAAUCCUCCAGGGCCUCAUCGUCCUGUGAGUUAAUGCCUUUUGGUGAUGUUAUAUUCACAGCAGGUUAACAGUGGAUAAAAAAAGAAAUAAAAAUCACCAACAGAUUAAGUGUACAGGAUAGAGAAUUGUUUUACUUCUAAUUCAUGGGCUUAUCAUAGUUGCUCCAUGAUUUUAAAUUGUGGUUCAAUGCCAGUUUGAAAUACACACUUGAACACUUCUUUCAGUUUGCUUUGAUUCCAAAGAAGCUUAACGAAGGAUGAAGGCAAAGGAAGAAAAACUGAUAGGAUCAUUACGCUUGACAGUGGAAAUGACAAGAAGUUGAAAUGUGUGUUAGCUCAACACAAGCGUGUAAAUAUCACAAAAAUUGAUCUCUGAGGUUUACGAAAUUCCUGUUUUCUAACUAAAGCCUGCAGAAAACACAUUACACUGUAGUUAAUGCAGGGGGGAAGGAAGAAGCAUUGUGCUUGGCUGAAUAUAAUGCAUGUUAUGCAAGCCAGUCUCACUAAAGAUUCCUUGUACGCCUCAUGUUGUUUAACUUGAGAGCCAACUGUUGUCCUAAAAAGGACAGAAUCAGAUUUUUUAAAGAAACAGAUCGCUAGGAAAAUAAAUUGCACCAUCUUCUUAAUGAUACAAGGGAUAUGCUUUCUGUUAAAGAGUUAUGUUGUAGCUUCAACGUUUUUUUUCAAUUCUUUUCAAUGACAAUAGUUACAAAUGGUAAAUGAAAUGAAGGUGUUACUAAUAUCUUAGCAUGAGAAAGCAUGACAUGCUUUAUUUGUUAAUUUCAGUCUAUUCAGAGAGGAGGAAAAUGGUACAAAGAAAUGUUCAAGGAAUUACAUUCAAGUGCAGGAAGUAUGUAGAAACAGGUUGACAACGUAUUAUACUAACAACGUUGAGAAGAACCUUUCUCUCAGCUGUUGUGAAUUGUAAAUAUAAUAUUAUCCACAAUUCCCCUCAGGGCUUUUCAUCGAUAAUUUACAGCACUGAUUGGGGGACUUCAACCGGAUUAGAUUUGGUGCAGUUUACAUUAUUAAUUAUUUGAUGUACUGAUUUAUGAAAUAAUGUCGCCGGAUGUGAAAGUGAAGUUGAGAUAGACCACCAUACACAUUAGGAAAAUAGUGUGAGCACUUCAACAUCACACAGGAUUUUAUAUGAACCAGGGCUGCAAGACAGGUCCUCCGGUUUUUUGCUCUUUAUUUUCUGAGAAGACUAGAAAGUCUAACCAUUUGUAGAUGACUUGAUGUUACAAAGGCGUUACUUUCCCCUCAUAUAUUUAAAGACCCUGAUUGUUGGUCGAGCUGGGUUUGAACCUGUAGCAUUCCAAGUGGCCUCUGUAAUUUUCCUACAAUUACUUUUCCUUCUUAGCUUCAUCAAACCUGUCUGGAUUACUUGCCAGUGAUGUAGCCAAGGGAACUGUUAGAAACCAUGAGAGCACUGGUUCUAUAUCUCCAAGAAGUGCAUCACCUUCCCCUGAUCAUCGUGGUGACAAUGAGGUGUUUACCAACAGGACAGACUAUGUUAAUGAUGUACCUGUCAGAAAUACAGGUUCACUAUCAUCAGAGCCAAGAGCAUCCUGGUCUAGCUCUGAUGAUGAUAGAAAGUUACCCUCAUGGCAGAAGCAGCAGACAAGUGAGAAAAGACCAUCACGUGUGAGUGCUAGUCAUGUGCCAGCAUGGUAUAAAGACAUGCAGAGAGGUGUUGAGGUCCCUGUGCAGAAGAUUGAAGAACCUGAGUCUUACAUGGUUCAAAAGAGACCAUCAUAUGGUAAACUUUCUCUUUCUUUAGGUUUAAUUUUUAGUUAAUUAUAAAAUAUAUCUACUUUCCUUCUUAAAAAAAUUAUAAAUUAUUUGCAUUCAUUUAGAGUUUAUUUACAGUUCAUAGUGCUUUACAAAUUCAAUACAGUUCUGACUUGAGAAGAAAAAUAAGAUAAAGAGAAAAUGAAUACAUAAUAAUUACAUCACGAACCAAAAGCUAUGAAGUAUUGUUUCAUGUCUUGCUUAGAUGAAUUCCCCAGAAUUAUUUAAGUCAAGGUUUCGUACAAGCCUGUAUUUUAGGGUUCCUUUUUACAACUGUAAAAGUUGCAUCUGUAAUUGCUAUGAUAUUUUUUUCAUUUAAUUCUUAACCCCGCAGUUCCUGUAUGUGAUUUUCAUAUAUUCAAUAUUUUAUUGUCACCCUUUCAUGAGUUUAUAACGAAUUACCUGCUCCCAGCUGGCUUGUUAGCUCAAUUGGUAGAGUGCUACACCAGUAUCGCAGAGUUCAAGGGUUAGAUUCCAGUACAAUUAGCCUGAAUUUUUUUUUCAGGCUUUCUUUUCGCAACUGGAAAAGUUGCGUCUAUUACUGCGAUGAUCUUUUUUCUUUUAAUUAUCCACGUUGCAGUUUCUAUUUUAUGUACGAUUUUCAUAUAUUCAUUAUUUAAGUUAGAUGUGUUGCCAAGUCACUCAAUACACCCAUUUUAAAUUUUUCUGUAGCAAACGUGGGAGAAGAGAGAAGAUUUCAGGAGCCACAAGUCUCCAUAGCACCAAUGGCCAUGACGUCCUCACCAAGUUCCACUUACAUUGAUAACAGGAGGGCACCUGUCGGAAUGACAGUUCAAAUGGAAGAAAAGUAUCAGCCUCCUAGUGCCUCAAGCUUGUAUGAGAGUCGCUUUAGAGGACGACAGGUUUGUUUUAUAUUCUUAUCCAGUGUUUACAUGUGAGGUGAUGGAUAAACAAAAAGAAUGCACAAAAAACGAUUAGGCCAAUAUCCAGCCUUAUUGAGGAAACAAUCUUUUUCAGUUCUACCCUGGAUUCUUCCUAUGCUAAAAUCACAGAAGUUUGAGGAGGCUGUUGAGCAGUUUGAAAGAUUUAUGGCAACGUCAAUAGAGCCAAUAACAAUACCGUGAUGCCUUCUGCUAAUGAAACUAUUUGUUUGCAAAGUGCAUGAAAUAAUCUUUCAUGGAAAAUAAAUUACAAUGUAGCAAGAACCCAGCCGGCCAUCACAUUAUGCUUUGUUAAGAAGUGAUUUAAGUGCAAACUUUAACUCAAUUUUUUAUGAUCGACGGAGUUUUCUCUCCUCUUGCAUUGUUAUUUUUGUUUUGUGUUAGCUACCCGUACCCAAAACUUGUAGCUCUGGUAAUGUGAUUUGACUGGGAUUGAUUUGAUCUGUCAUAGCAGGGUGCCGCGAGAAAAGCAUCAGAAGAGCUACAAGUAAGACAACAGCCACCCUCUGAUGAAGAUGUGUUUAGAAGGCGAGAAGAAGAAGCUGCCCGCCGGAGAAGAGAAGAAGAAGAAGAAGAAGAGCAGAGACGGAGGGAAGAAGAAGAGAGGAGGAGGAGGGAAGCCGAGGAGGAAAUGAUGAGAAGAAAAAGAGAAGAAGAAGAGGAGCGAUUGAGGCGAGAAUACGAAGCAGAACUGGCCAGGAGACGGAGAGAGGAAGAGGAGAGGGUCAGGAGAGAGGCCAGCAAACCACAGUUUAUUGCCAGAGCUUUGUACACCUUUAAUGGUCAAACUGCAAAGUAAGACAUCAAUUUACUUUGGAAAAAAAAAACCGUUUGUGGAGUGUUUGAAAAAACUUUUACAAUUACAAUUCUUGACAAAAUGCGAAGUUGAAUGCAGCAAACAUUUUUCCAAACCUUUUUCACUUCAGUGAUCUUCACGCGCGAAUUGUGAAUGAGUUUGAGAAUGACAUUUAACAAGAGCUUUACAAAUAUAACCUUAAAUCGGAAAAUUCGUUUUAUUUCCGUGACCGAAAAUGAUUUCCUUUCUUCCUCAGGGAGCUGUCCUUUAGAAAAGGUGAUAUUAUCAGCGUUAGACGGCAAGUAGAUAAGAACUGGAUAGAUGGAGAACUCAACGGAAGGCGUGGAAUUUUCCCGACAAAUUAUGUUGAGGUAUUUGACUGCUUGGUUGAUUGAAAAGAUUUAUGUGGCCAGACGUUUGGUUUACAUCUGAAAUGUAGAGACCUUGCUGCGUGUAAUUAGCAACGCUCCGAAACGAAGUAACUUUUUAAUGGAACAUCAUACUUUGGUAUUACUUCCGCACACUCCAAAGUUUAGUAGCUUAAGAGAGUCUUGAAUGGUCACACUAUAGGGAUUGCAUUUCACUGACGAAGUUAGAACCACUUUCUACCGCAAAAAAAGUACCGCAUUUGACAGUAAAAUACUGCUUUGUAGCUUGUAUAUACGUUGUAAAACGUGGAGAUUUCAUCCGCACAGUCAGAAAGUAGAAUAAUCUUUUAUUAUAUACAUACUGAGAAAUAUCAAAAAGCUAUGUCGUAAAUUUUCAUCCACUAUUGAUAAAAUAAACAGUACUGCGGGGCAGUAAUGCUCCAUAUCAUUAAGCGACGCAUCUUUCCUAUUAUAAAAUGACUAAGAUAGUACGCGUGUUCUUAUUGGUUAAAAACCUAUUGUUUAUUGUGCUGGUAAACUCAUAGAAAACAUAAAGUUAUUUUAUAAAAGCAAUAGACCACACUUUCUAUGGGUUUACCGGCGUAAUAACCCACUUGGGAUGUUGAGAGAACACCCGAAAAGCUAGUAAAUCUCAAGCCCAAAGUGAUUUACAGGCUUUUCUCGCGUUCUUCCAACAUCCCGCGUGGGUUAUCACGACAGUAAACCCAUAGAAAGUUUGGUCUAUUGCUUACGAAACUCCACCUGAUAUUGCCAAAUCACCCAUAGGGCUAUCGUUAAUAAUAUGAAGAAUUAUGCAGAUCUCGGAGGAUAUUAUCCGCCGAGGGCAAUUCUUCAGAAUACACGCGUACGAAAGCUGGAUCCAAUAAUGUGUUUUAUUAUUCAUUCAAAAUAGUUCAUGCUUCACAACAUACUUACCUCAAUUGAUGUUAUUUGUCUGUCAUUCGGCAAAUUUAGGACAUUACAUGUAAGGAGAUGUGUGGUCUAGCAGUUAUUUUUCAAGAGCAGUUUUCAACCGUUGAGUUGUAGUUUUGCUAUUCUUACUAUGGUUUUAGGCAGAAGUUCGGCUAUUUCUUCUUCGCAAAACCUGUGAAAUUUUGCGCUAUUAUCUACCAAAACAACUGAGCUAACGCAACGUCUUUCCUAGAGCCUCUCGGUUGCGGAACCUUUUUCUGGCGAUAGCCUGCACUGCUGACGUCAUUUUACCGGAUAUCGCAAGUGUCUCCCAAAUUUGGUCAAAGUUAGCUGGUCCUGAAGAAUAAACAGGGGGGAUUCGAGCCAAUCAGAAAUGGAGAAAUAUUUUGAAUGAAUAAUAAUGAACGUUAAUCUUCUGUUUACGAAGGUUCGCCCCGUAGAAGAAGAUGAUGAACCAACUCAUGUUGCACCCUCACAGAAGAUUGUUCCUCGUGUGCAAGUUGUCCAACAUGAGGUUCCCCCUCAACAGCGUCAGCCGGCGGCAUCCUCGUAUACUCCGCAGCCACCCCAAGCUCAGCAGGUCUCAGCACGCCCUGCUACUCAGACUGUUAAUGUGGAGGGUGAAGCUAAAGUUAAAUACAGCUUCAAAGCGGAAACACAUAGAGAGCUUCCCUGUAGUAAGGUAUGGUGGCUCGCCACUUUCUCACCGGCAAAUCCAUGAAAUUUCGUUAAGACUAUCGUGUGUAUUCUUUAACCACUUAACCUUCAUUCCCAAGGGGUGAAAGUGGUAAUAAAGAGGAGAACUUGGCAAUAAACUUAAUAAAACACUUAGUUAUCCUCUCCCCUGAUGGGGCUUUUCAGGGAUAAUAAAAAAUUGUUUCAAAUGGAACAUAACAUGGUUAAAAAUCCCACCUUGGAGGAACGAGCGUGGCCGAGUAUUCGAACUCGGGACUACAGAGAAUAAAUCCAGCGUUACGUUCAGGGUGGUUCCUGAACUCGGGGCCUCUGGGGCCUCUAACCGCUUGGCCACGCUGCCUCCACGAAAAAUUUGUUUUGUUCCUUUUUUAGGGAGAUAUAAUAUCCUUAGUUCGAAAAGUUGACAGUAAUUGGUACGAGGGACGAGUGGGAGAUAGGAAAGGAAUUGUACCAUCAAGUUACUUAGAGGUAAGAGGUCUCAAUCGUUUUGUAAUCGUCAUACAACAAACGCUAAUUUGUACCACGUGACCAAGUUUCCCUGUUACUUGUCGCCUACUGUUCAUUAUUUCUACACACAAAUUAGUGGUUUCACGCAAUUUUUUAUCCAUAAGAAUUUUCUGAACUGUUUUUAUCUGCUCAUUUUCUAUUUUGAUAAAUUCUUAACUUGAAUCUGACGUUUGCCGUUUGCCGUUUACGUGAAGCUUAAACUCUCUAAUGUGAUGGACAGCUGCUAAAUCCUCGGCAAAAACUCUGGCUAUGAUAGACUUACUGACACAUUUUUGGGUUCCAGCAUCGCGGUUUUAUUGUUGACAGACAUCGAGUGGGGUAUCUCUCAACAUAUUUAUUGUGUUUUCUCCCUUUUGAGGCCACUAAGUCGUAUCGCUGCUAUAUGAAAAUAUAUUUCCUGCUCUAUAAUUAGUACUAAUGCCAAUUUAAAUGUUAGUGAAUACCACGCCUCUUAUACUCGAGUUUUCUACGAACUUUAACUUCAGUGCCGAUGGCGUUCGCAGUAGCGGGAGUUGGGUGAAACAUUGCUCGUGGUCCGCCAAAGCCGCAGUUUACAAACAGGUUAUACUUUCGCGCUGAAAGCACAAAUCGUAAACUGGUAGAGAUACAUUACGUAUAUCGCGCCAGGGCGGUGCAAUAAAACUAGAACCAUUUAUCGCUGACAUGUACCAUUUUCAUUAUAGGUUUAUAAGGAGCCUGAAGUUCAAGGUAGGUAUAUAGAAGGUCAUAUAACAGACUGCCUAACUGUUUAGAACGUCUCCUUCGGGAAUUAAACUAUCACACGCAUCUCAAUACUGUAGUGGCAGAGUGAGACAAAAAAAAAAUGGUGAAUGCCUUGUUUAGCGAGGAAAUGCAUUUAGUUACCCGAGACAGUUUACAGUCACUCCACUUAAUACUAGUAGAACAUAACGGGAUUAAAAACCCCAUUUGGCAUGAGGUAAAGUGUUGGCUUGUAACGUCAUAGCCAAGGAGUUCAACAGUAAGCGACCAAGAAUUCGAAAGAACCAAAGCUAGUGGUCAGACUGAGGAUGUUCGCUCACGGAAAAUACUUUAUCAAGAUUUUAUAAAGAAUUUGGCUGCGUGGUGUCUCUUAUAAAAUUCUGUCUCAUCACCGAGUUAUAUAUCUCCUACUCUGUAUUCUUUAGUUAUUCGUCAGGAACAAAUACAGCCAGUCCCGUCCGCCCGAGUGGAGCAGGUAAAGGCUAUAUUCUCUUUAGUGUAUUACAACUCCUCAUCUACAAUAAAAGUGAGAUUAAAACGGUGAAACUCUUACGAGUGGUACGAGUUUCAAAACCAAUGUUUACGAUUUGUGCAGUUGGAUCAAGUGGUGUAUCUGUUAAAUUCAUGCGAAGUUCAUUACUUGGAAAAAUAAUGUGACUGAGUUGUAGAGAGGUACAGAGUCGUACAUCUUGUUAAACUGCAUCUCAUUUAGGGCCUGUUUACGUGGAGGUGGAGGACAGCCCACCCCUCAGCCGGGGUCAUAUUUUGCCAAGGUGGGGUAACCCGCCGUAGCCGGGGUCGGAUUCGUGAUACAUCAAAUUUGCUCAAAAAUUCACUUUAGGGGUGGCUUUGCGUCAUUACCAAAGGUAACAAUACAACACNUCUCUUAUAAAAUUCUGUCUCAUCACCGAGUUAUAUAUCUCCUACUCUGUAUUCUUUAGUUAUUCGUCAGGAACAAAUACAGCCAGUCCCGUCCGCCCGAGUGGAGCAGGUAAAGGCUAUAUUCUCUUUAGUGUAUUACAACUCCUCAUCUACAAUAAAAGUGAGAUUAAAACGGUGAAACUCUUACGAGUGGUACGAGUUUCAAAACCAAUGUUUACGAUUUGUGCAGUUGGAUCAAGUGGUGUAUCUGUUAAAUUCAUGCGAAGUUCAUUACUUGGAAAAAUAAUGUGACUGAGUUGUAGAGAGGUACAGAGUCGUACAUCUUGUUAAACUGCAUCUCAUUUAGGGCCUGUUUACGUGGAGGUGGAGGACAGCCCACCCCUCAGCCGGGGUCAUAUUUUGCCAAGGUGGGGUAACCCGCCGUAGCCGGGGUCGGAUUCGUGAUACAUCAAAUUUGCUCAAAAAUUCACUUUAGGGGUGGCUUUGCGUCAUUACCAAAGGUAACAAUACAACACACCACUCAAAUUCUAAGCAUCUCUAUUGAAAAGCAUCUUAUAAACGUUACAAGAAUUGUAAGAGUCGUACUACUGAAAAAGGCCCUCUUGUCGCCAACUCACCACAAAAAUUGUAAGUUUGCCAAAUGAGAUGUAUGUUCCGGGCUAAGAUGCACGACUCUGUGCCACUUGAAAAGGCGCUCCCUCUUUAGAAGUCGGCACCAAAAUUCUAACUUUCCCCAAGUGAGUUAAUACUCCAUAGAAUUUUACUGAAACGUAUUAUAUGAAUUUACCACCAUAACCAAUCGCUCAGGUGGAAAGCCUGUUCUAAUACCUCUUACCACUCGUAAUAAGGCUCACCGUAAAGAGGGUCUUCUUUCAAUUAUUGGGGCAUUUUUGGGUGGGUGAAUGAUUAAUUAUUAUUUCCCUAUUGAAGCCUCUGACCCUAAUAACUGAUCUUAAGUAGUCUAGUGUUGGAUUCUUCAACGAUCCCAGAGUACUAAGAGCCACUGUUUCGACAUUAUGUUUCUGGCGUGGCGAAUGUACCAAGAAGUUUUAAUCACGGGGGUCACUGUUAGAUGUUUUGAUGCUUUGAUAACAUGUCAUGUUUACUUUUUUUUCUUUGUCAGGCUCCCGAUUAUGGAAGAACAGAACUUGGCUACGAUCAACGUCAACAUCAGCAGUCGAGAAGGUAAGUAGGGUGUGGUGUAACAACAUUAAAAACGGCUUUUAAAAAUACUUAAAAUGCGCACUAUUAUUCGGAAGUGACUUCACCAUAAGCAUUAUUGGAUAGUGGCACAUUGAGACAGUUCCGUUGAAAAAGCAAGAUAAACGUUUUUGUGAAAUGGUCAAAACUAUUCAACGUAGGCAAGACCCACCACUUCACGCACAAACUGCCAGUGUGUCUAUGUAUCUCCCUUCGCCCUUAUGAAAUAUGUUUUUUAGAAGGAAAAAAAUAUAACAUGUAAAUGCCUCAAUGCAGUUUGUCUGACAAUGCAGGCUUCAUGCAGUACGCUUGUUUUGGCCCCUUCUCUCACCACUAAACAAUGAAUGAUGUUGAUUUCGUGGAGGUGGAGGACAGCCCACCCCUCAGCCGGGGUCAUAUUUUGCCAAGGUGGGGUAACCCGCCGUAGCCGGGGUCGGAUUCGUGAUACAUCAAAUUUGCUCAAAAAUUCACUUUAGGGGUGGCUUUGCAUCAUUACCAAAGGUAACAAUACAACACGCCACUCAAAUUCUAAGCAUCUCUAUUGAAAAGCAUCUUAUAAACGUUACAAGAAUUGUAAGAGUCGUACUACUGAAAAAGGCCCUCUUGUCUCCAACUCACCACAAAAAUUGUAAGUUUGCCAAAUGAGAUGUAUGUUCCGGGCUAAGAUGCACGACUCUGUGCCACUUGAAAAGGCGCUCCCUCUUUAGAAGUCGGCACCAAAAUUCUAACUUUCCCCACGUGAGGUAAUACUCCAUAGAAUUUUACUGAAACGUAUUAUAUGAAUUUACCACCAUAACCAAUCGCUCAGGUGGAAAGCCUGUUCUAAUACCUCUUACCACUCGUAAUAAGGCUCACCGUAAAAAGGGGCUUCUUUCAAUUAUUGGGGCAUUUUUGGGUGGGUGAAUGAUUAAUUAUUAUUUGCCUAUUGAAGCCUCUGACCCUAAUAACUGAUCUUAACUAGUCUAGUGUUGGAUUCUUCAACGAUCCCAGAGUACUAAGAGCCACUGUUUCGACAUUAGGUUUCUGGCGUGGCGAAUGUACCAAGAAGUUUUAAUCACGGGGGUCACUGUUAGAUGUUUUGAUGCUUUGAUAACAUGUCAUGUUUACUUUGUUUUCUUUGUCAGGCUCCCGAUUAUGGAAGAACAGAACUUGGCUACGAUCAACGUCCAGAUCAGCAGUCGAGAGGGUAAGUUGGGUGUAAUGUAACAACAUUAAAAACGGUUUUUAAAAAUACUUAAAAUGCGCACUAUUAUUCGGAAGUGACUUCACCAUAAGCAUUGUUGGAUAGUGGCACAUGGAGACAGUUCCGUUGAAAAAGCAAGAUAAACGUUUUUGCGAAAUGGUCAAAACUAUUCAACGUAGGCAAGACCCACCACUUCACGCACAAACUGCCAGUGUGUCUAUGUAUCUCUAUGUUUUUUAGAAGGAAAAAAAUAGAACAUGUAAAUGCCUCAAUGCAGUUUGUCUGACAAUGCAGGCUUCAUGCAGUACGCUUGUUUUGGCCCCUUCUCUCACCACUAAACAAUGAAUGAUGUUGAUUACGUUCCAAUUCUUUGUUGUUACCAGUCCAUCUGGGAAUAUGUACUCAGGCCAGGCUCCCAAGCAAACACAAGUCAAGUAUAUUGAGGAGAGAGAAGAGCCUCGUUUUGGUAGCAGAGGAGUGGUGGCUCAUGCAGUUAUUGAUGAGCCGCCGAGAAUAGGACACGAACAAGGGGAAAGGUACAGUGACGUAUUACUGAGCAUACAUAGUAUAGAUUAAUUGGAAUAAGGCAGGUAAAGCUGUUAAAAAUACCUUUUUGAUUUUCGGCCAUCGAUUGGCCAACAGUCGAUCGCGCGUUGUCUCAAUAGUGCAAGUUAUUUUCUUCUUUCUCCUGAAAAAAAAAUUAAUUUAAGUAGUUUGAACGGUAUGCUUUUUUUGAAAAUGAUUUUUUUUCUUUUCAGAUAUCGCGCUAUGUUCAGUUAUGAACCUGUUAAUGAAGACGAGUUACGUCUUGAGGAAGGUGAUGAGGUGAUUGUAUUGGAGAAAUGUGAUGAUGGCUGGUUUGUAGGAACGUCUGCUCGCACCAAUUUAUUUGGCACGUUUCCUGGUAAUUACGUGGAAAAAGUCAAAUGGUAAGUUAAUAUGUGUAUAACCUUCACAACUUGUGAGUCUUAUACAAAGUUAUGCCUUUACGGCUGUUUACGGCAGGGAUCACUAUUGUCCGUUUACGAUGGCUUAUCCGCUACUCUUGAGAUAGUUACGAUGGAAAACUUCGGUCACUUGCAGGCGAAGGAAGAAGCGGUAAACGUUACACAUUUAAACUCCGAACUGGUGUGAAC